AUGUCAGAGAUCACAGUUACGAUAAAGUCAUCAGGAGAUAAAAAGUAUGAGGUCACUUUCAACCCAUCGAUUAAAAUAUCUGAAUUAAAAGAGUUGGUUGCGGAGAAGUCGUCAAUCCCAGCACCAAGUCAGCGAUUAAUCUACUCAGGUAAAGUGUUGAAGGAUACUGAAACAGCAGAGUCAUACAAGAUUCAAAACGGUCACACAAUACAUUUGGUGAAAAGUGCCAACACUGCAUCUACUCCAGCAGCAGCAGCAACAGCAGCAGCAGCAGCACCGGAAUCUUCCUCUUCUGCUCAAACACCUUCAUCAAACAUACCUUCAAAUAUUGCAGCAGGACAAGGAUCAUUCAACCCUUUGGCCGAUUUGACUGGUGCUCGUUAUGCUGGAUACACACAAUUGCCUUCUGCUUCCAUGUUUGGCCCCGAUGGAGGAAUGAAUUCAAAUUUGCCUGAUCCAGAGCAACUAACUUCAAUGAUGUCAAACCCCAUGUUUCAAGAGCAAUUGAAUGCUAUGUUAUCUAACCCACAAAUGUUGGACUUUAUGAUCCAACAAAACCCGCAAUUGAGAGCAAUGGGACCACAAGUUAGGGAGAUGAUGCAGAGUCCUAUGUUUAGACAAAUGAUGACCAACCCGGAAAUGUUAAGAUCGAUGAUGCAAAUGCAACAAGCUGGGGGCGCGAAUCCAUUUGGCGGUCUUGGUGGAGGCGCAGCCGCUUCUAAUGCAUCAUCGUUUCCUGCUCCUGGUGCCAACCCAACCGCCGAGGGUCCAGCCAGUGGUGAUAAUAACGCCGGAACAAAUCAACUGAGUGGUAAUACAACUUCCCAAGGAAAUACUCCAUCCCAAGCUAACCCUUUUGCUAGUUUAUUCCCCAAUGGUAUUCCGCCUAUAGAUCCGGCUGCUUUAUUUGGUAGUGCCAAUCCAUUUGGACAAGCCAAUGCACCAGCCGACAACAGACCACCGGAGGAAAGGUAUGAAUCUCAAUUGAGACAAUUGAAUGAUAUGGGAUUCUACGAGUUUGAGAGAAACGUAGAAGCUUUAAGAAGAACUGGUGGAAGUGUACAAGGAGCUAUUGAGUACUUGUUAAAUAAUUAA